UACUCGUAUAGUAAAAUUAUGGCUCCAACCUCUGCAGUAAGUUUAUCCCCUCCUUGGCGCAUCGAUGGCCCAUUUCGGCAUUAUAGUAUUAAUCCUCUCUUCCUCUCUUUAAGGAGAAAGCAAACCUCGCGCGAAUUCGCGACAACCAGAGACGCUCUCGGGCGCGUCGAAAGGAGUAUCUCCAAGAGCUGGAGAUCAAGCUACGACAAUGCGAAAACAUCGGGGUCGAAGCCUCGACUGAGCUCCAGACGGCUGCUAGGAGAGUGGCAAGCGAGAACAAAAGGUUACGAGAGCUAUUGGCGCAGAAGGGGGUAGAUGGCGAUUCUGUUGAGGAGUACUUGAAUCGGCCUUCUUUGGCGGGGUCAGCGAACGGCCAAUGUCGUGGGAGGGGCAGUGGAGAUGUGCUCGAGCGAAUGAUUCAAGCACGCAAACCAUGCUGUCCUGGAAAUUAUGGAAAUGGUAGCGAGGCUGUGGGUCGGGGAGGGAUUCGAGAUGAAGACUCGGAUAUCGUACGGCAGGAUUCAUUCGUACAGCAGGGUGGAAUGGUGUCUCCCAACACAUCCAGCUUCACGAGCGCAUCUGAUGUCACAAAUGAGUCUGACCAGAGGAGUAUGGACCAAAGACGGCAUGUUUUACUGCCGCAGCAGAGAAUGUCUUCAUUAAAUCAACAUAACCUUGAGGCUACAAACCCAACGCCCAUUUCAUCAUACCACGGAUCCCAUGUCUCCGUCCAAAAUAGCCAAGCGAACCAGUUUUUUAUGUCAUUUCAUAAUAUAUCAUCAAACCCGCAAGUAUCAAUGGACCCGAUUCCAGUACCACCAACCAGGGGAAAUGUCAACAGCUGUGAUCUUGCAACCGACAUGAUUACGAGUAUGGCUGGUGGUGACCCAGUCGACGUGCGAGCUGACCUAGGAUGUCUUCCGGGUAUGGAAUGUGAAGUAGAUAAUCAGCUUGUCUUUCAAGUUAUGGACCGGUAUUCAAACUCGCUGGGAUUACAAUAACAAUUAUUGAGCAUGAUCAUGUAUAUUUUGGUCAUUCUAGAG